AUGAAGGGUAAGAUAAUAUGAGCAGAGUUCAUCUUAGCCCAUAUUGAAUUGAGUGUUAAUUGGCAUCACCUUAGUCCAUAUAAAUCAUUUAAUUAAAAUGAUUUCAAUUAAUUGGUAUUAGAGGAACAGCAUGUUUUAUUUUAUGGUUGUUUUCACUGGUAAAUGUGUCUGCAAUUGAAUGAGUUAAUGUGUACUUAAUUGUGCCUUCCUGUAUUAUACCUUUUCAAAAAUGUUUUUUCUAUUCUACUGAGCCAGUUACUUAAUGUUUGUAUUCUUAUAUUUUAUUAUUUCUUAUUGUUGUUGCAUUGUUGAGAAGGAACCUGCAAGUAAGCAUUACAUUAGACGGUGCACACGAUGUGUAUCCUGUACAUACGACUAAUAAAAUAUUAAACUUAGUGGUAGUUAUAUCUCAAAGAAUACAAGACAACCAACUACAUAGAACUAAAUGGUGCCUUAUAGUGCAAGAUUAAAUGAACAUGUAGUUCUUAGGUUAUAACUGUGUAAUGACCAUUUUACCACGGUAAUUCCUAGUAGUUACCAUGUCAUUUCUGUACAUUCAAAUAAAGUGUUACAUUUCUUUCUUUCUUUCUUUCUUUCUUUCUUUCUUUCUUUCUUUCUUUCUUUCUUUCUUUCUUUCUUUCUUUCUUUCUUUCUUUCUUUCUUUCUUUCUUUCUUUCUUUCUUUCUUUCUUUCUUUCUUUCUUUCUUUCUUGCAGCAACCAUAGCCCCCUCUGCUCUGCUCACUCUUAUGAACUGUGGAACCCCUACUAACAACGUCUACAGCAUCGGUUGUGUCGCUACCGGGUUUUCUCCUUCCUCACUCACCUUCAAAUGGACAGACGCCAGCGGGAGUGCGCUGACGGACUUCAUCCAGUACCCGGCGGUCCAGAGCGGGGAAACCUACACAGGAGUCAGUCAGCUCCGCGUGGAUAAGAAUGUCUGGAAAAACUCAAAGACUUUCACAUGUUCCGUGGAACAUCCUGGAGGUGAAAAGACAGCAGACAUAAAAAAACCAGGUAAGAUGUGGUCAUUAUAUUAUAUUGAAGUUGGCUCUAUUUUUCUAAAGAUUGCAUUUGAAUGUUUGUGAUGUAAACUAUUAAUGUUUAGAAAACCUGCUAUAGAAUGAUACUUGGUGUUUACCCUGGAUUUCUUUGAAAAUAUCAGUAUUAUUUCAAUAAGGGGUUAAACUAACAUGCGUCCAUUUCUUUUACCUCCCACCUCUCAGUCUUACUUCCAACAGUGUCUUUGCUGUCGGCGCCCAUUGGAACCACCCAGUACUUGAUGUGUAUGAUUGAACAUUUUGCCACAACGAACGUCACUGUCACCUGGAAGAAGAAUGACAAGGAGGUGCAGGGCCCGACCCCUACUGUAGGCCAACAGCAGUCAGGCCUCUUCUCAGCCAGCAGUCUGCUGAAGGUCAUCAACACUGACUGGAACAACAAGGUCCAGUACAGCUGUGUGGUGCAGGACCAGGAACAAAACAUCACCAAGACAAUCUCCAAAACAGGUCUGUACAUAGGAGUAGACUGUACUACAAUUUAUGUCAUGCACACACACAGGAUCUCUAUUAUUUAGUGUAGUUCCUCAUCAGUAACAUUAACAUGGCAUGCUUUCCCACUGCUUCCCUCCCCUUUCAGAACCACUGACGGUGACUCUGAACCCACCGAGUGUGAAAAAGUUUUUCUUGGACAACCAAGCAAUGCUGGACUGUGUCAUCACUGGUACAGACAAGGACACAGUGUCUGGUACCACUAUCACCUGGCAGGUCAACGGACAGGCCACGACGAAUGGCAUCCAUCUGAAACCUAUUGAAUCAAAGGGCAACCUGAACAGCAAGGUCAGCACUCUGACCAUAGACCAGCCGAAGUGGACCAAUGUGAACAAAGUCCAGUGUUCUGUCAUGAAGAGCGGUGAAGUCACACCGGUCAUUCAGGACCUCAGCUUCACCAAAGGAUGUAGGUCACUGAGACAUCUCAAUGUGGUUGUGAUAAGUGGUCACAUGCUCCAGGUUCUGGAGUGGAAGCCACAGGAUGUGCAGACUUUUGCUCCAGCCCAGCGCUAACACACCUGAGUCAGCAAAUCAACUAAUCAUUAACUAAUCAUCACCUUUGCUUAGUUGAAUCCGGUGUGUUAGUGCUGGGCUAGAACAGAAACCUGCACACACCUGUGGUGCUCCAGAACUAGGGUUAAGGACCACUAGGUUGGAUUUUAAACUGAUAUUCACAUACUGCUUUUCAUAUGUGCCUACACGUACAUGAGUGUAACGUUUUUCCUUAAAAUCAAUCCUCUUGCAGGUCGAGCCCCUUCAGUGUCCGUCCACCUUCUCCCGGAGGAAGACACAAAGGAGGAGGGGGAAGUGACUCUGGUGUGCCUGGUGGUCAGCCCGUCUCUCUGUGACGUCUACAUCAUGUGGAAGGUGGGCAGCGGCGAGUACCAGGAGGGGGUCACCAGCCGUCCUCAGAAAACCCCGGAAGGCAACGACUCUGUUACCAGCGUCUUCACCACCACCAAGAAUGAGUGGCAGACAAACGUGCAUUUCAAAUGCGCCGUCAAGUACGCCGGCUCGGAGAACAACACCGCACCUAAGGAGAGGAGUGUGUCGAAGUCCAUGGGUAACUCAUGUGAAGACAAGUGAUUUUAAUCUGUGUGUGUUGUGUCGUUGUGUCUCCUUAUUGACUCCUCUGUGGGUCAGAAUAGCCAAUUACUAAGUGUGUCCACUGUUGUCAUCUUUGUUGUCCUUGUUGAGUUAAAGUUAACAUGUUAGUGUUGUCAUUGUUUUGUUGACUGUAGACAUGUAUAUUGUUUAAUGUGAUAUUGUCCAGUCUAUUGUGUUGUAAGAUGUCAGUCCUAUUGCACAGUCUUGUGUUGCCAUUGUUGUCCUUUGUCAUUGUUCAAUGUGCCUUCCUAAUGUGGAGGCUGGCUAAUAAACAAUAUCGCAUAUGAGAUCACAUGGUUCCGUGUUCCUAUAUCAAUUACUUCAAGUCUUAGAAAAUAUACUGGUCUAUUGUACAUAUAAAAACAGAAUGAAGACAAUUGUUUUGGCAUGAAAAGACACAACAGUACUGAAUAGCCUACAUAGUAGUACUGUGCUUCCAGUAAGGUGGUCAUGGAUGUACUAUUUAGUGUAUAGGUUUGGUUUGACAUAAAUGUGAGUGGAUGUGCAUGUUAACAUUAGGCCUAGAUAGAAGUCUGCACAGCUCAGUUUCAUGUGUUCUUUGUGUGUUGAUGUGUGUGUCUGUGUGUGUCCAUAAAAUUUGAACUCAUGUAGCUGUAUUUGCUGGAAUAUGAUAAAGACUAAUACAGGUGUACAAUACACAUACAAACAUGAACACACACACACACGCAAACACGCAGACACACAUGAACACACACACACACAUACGCAGAUACACAUGAACACACACACACACACACGCAGACACACAUGAAAACACACAAACAGGCAGACACAAGCGUAUGUCCGUUCUUCACCACCUGUCUCUCUCCCUGUUCUCAGAGAACAUCCUACUGACUGAGCCUGAGGCGGGCUUCGCUCUGAGCUGCACGGACAACGAUGAGGAUGAGUUCAGCAGCCUGUGGUCCACCACCUCCUCCUUCAUCAUCCUCUUCCUUCUCUCCCUCACCUACAGCACAGUGCUCAGCCUGGUCAAGGUACUGACACCGCUUAUUUCAUGUGAUUGUAGACUUCUGAUGAAGGCCAUUGGCAGCUGAAACGUCACGAUUUUAAAUGAAAAAUAAUGUAUCAAGUGUUUAAUUGAACACAAGCAUUUGGCUACACCCUUAAUAACAUCUGCUAAAUAUGUGUAUGUGACCAAUAACAUUUUAUUAUAUUUUAUUUGAUUGUGAGCGAGGGUUGCUCCUUUCUCUUCCAAAUAUGAUUAUAUACAUGGAGGAGAGGUGAGACACUCUUUGUGGGCUAAAGGUAACCUGCGUUUUUCCACUUUGCUGUCUGUUUAUUGUAAUAACCUGUGUCUGUCUCUGCCUCUUUUCAGAUGAAGCAGUGA